UCCCAGUUCGUCACAGAGGGUGGCCGAGGGGGCAAGAAGGCGAAGCUGGUGGCUCAGGGCGGCCGAGGGGGCAAGAAGGCGAAGCUGGCGGGUGAGGGCGGCCGGCAGGAGGGGGAGGAUUCGGCCGAGUUUGUGCGGUUCUUCCCGGCCUUCGUGUGGGCCGUGCGGGAUUUCACGCUGCAGCUGGAGCUGGACGGGCAGGAGAUCACUGAGGACGAGUACCUGGAGAACGCCCUGAAACUAAAGCCAGGCAGCAGCAAGCAAGACCAGCACUACAACUUGCCCCGAAAGUGCAUCCGCCAGUUCUUCCCGGCCCGGAAAUGCUUCGUCUUCGUCCAGCCGGCUGGUAGGAGGGAUCUGCCCCGGCUGGAGGAGCUGCGGGAGGACAAGCUGGACUCCGAGUUCCGGGAGCAGGUGGCCCAGUUCUGCCGCCACGUCUGGGAGACGUCGAAGCCCAAGACCCUCCUGGGUGGCCACGUGGUGACUGGGGCCAUGCUGGGGAACCUGGCGGUGAGCUACGUGAAUGCCAUCCGCAGCGGGGCGGUGCCCUGCAUGGAGAGCGCGGUGCUGGCCCUGGCGCAGAUCGAGAACUCGGCGGCGGUGGGGGAGGCCGUGGCUGUCUACGAGGAGCAGCUGGAGUGGCGGGCGGCGCUGCCCACGGAGAGCGUGCAGGAGCUGCUGGAGGUGCACGUCCAGUGCGAGCGGGAGGCGCUGUGGGCGUUCAUGGCGCGCGCCUUCAUGGAUGACGACCGCCGCUUCCAAGGGGAGCUCAUGCGCCGCUUGGAGGAGCAGAAACAGGAGCUCUGCCGGCGCAAUGAGGUGGCGUCCUCGGACCGGUGCAUGGCCGCCCUGCUGGAGCUGUCGCAGGAGCUGGAUGACCGGAUCGGCGAGGGGGUCUACUCAGUGCCCGGGGGCUACCAGCGCUUCCUGGACGACCGGCAGCGCAUGGUGGACAGAUACCGGCAGGUGCCGGAGAAGGGGGUAAAGGCCGACGCGGCGCUGCAGGAGUUCCUCCAGUCCAAGGAGGCUGUGGCCCAGUCCAUCCUGCAGACGGACGAGGCCCUGACGGAGAAGGAGAAGGAGAUGGCAGCCGAGCGAGCCCGGGCCGAGGCGGCCGAGCGGGAGCAGCAGGUCCUGAAGCAGAAGGAGGCUGAGUUGCAGCAGAAGCUGGAGGACCAGGACCGCAGCUACCAGGAGAACCUGUGGCAGCUGGAGACGAAGCUGGAGGAUGAGCGGAAGAAGCUGCUGGAGGAGCAGGGCAAGAUGAUGGAUCAGAAACUGAAGGUACCAGAAGGGCCGCGGGUGCUUG